AUGGACGCAGAAAAAUGUUUUCGAAUUCAACAAUUAACAGAAGAAGAAGCUUGGAGUUUAUUUAACAAGACAACAGGAGGUUCCUUGGAGAAGAAUCUUGAACUGCACCCCAUAGAAAUGAAAAUAGUUGAAGAAUGUGAGGGUCUACCAAUUGUGAUUGUAACAAUUGCAAAGGCAUUAAAAGGUGGGAGGCUGGCUGUAUGGAAGAAUGCCUUUGAAGAAUUGAGAGCAUCUGCACCAACAAACAUCAAAGGAGUGAGUAGAAACGUGUACUCAUGUUUGGAGUGGAGCUACAAACGUUUGAUAAGUGUUGAAGUCAAGUCAUUGUUCUUACUAUGUGGUUUGCUGGGCGAUGGCGAUAUUUCAUUGGAUGACUUGUUGAAAUAUGGCAUGGGUUUGGAUUUGUUUGAUAACAUCGAUUCAUUGGAGCAAGCAAGAGAUACAGUAGUUGCCCUGGUGAAACUCCUUAAAGCCUCGAGCCUGUUGCUUGACGCACUUGCAGAUGGACGCUAUUAA